GGACAAACGGAAAACGACGGCAACCUCAGAGGACAACUCGGACAGCGACGACGAGCGGCGACCCACGGGCAGCGAGCACGGUGCCGGCGGCGACUCCAAGCACACCGCCGGUCAGCCGCAGCAGCCCCAGCAGCAGCAGCAGCAGCAGCUUCCGCAGAGUCACACCAGCGUGCAGCCCACCUCCAUGUUCGACUUCAAGCCCGGCGGCGGGGGCGGCGACCCCCUGGGUGGGGGCGGCGGGCUGGGCGCGCCGUCAGCAGCCGCUGCCGCCGCCGCCGCCGCCGCCAUGUACCACAGCCAGCUGGGUCAGCUGCCGCUGUCCGGAGGCCACGAGCUGCUCCAGGAGUACCCGGGAUUGUGACAGUGGAGCGGGUGGCCGUCAAACGGGGCCGCCUCCGACAACGCCUGACCGCCGCCGCUGCAUCCGCCGCCACCGCCGCCACAUCCACCGCCUCCGCAUCCACAUCCACCGCCUCCGCUGCCGACGACGCCACCUCCGACGACGACGACGCCAAGGUGACUUCGUCAAGCUUCGGCUUCUUUUUCGGUUCUUCGAAAGGUCGACAGAGGUGACCCCGUCACGGGUGGUGGGUUAGGCUGUACAGCGCUCAAGUUUUGGGCAGCAACACCAUCCCGAGUGCGAAACCGUCGGAACUGGGAUGAGUCUCAAAUGUUGCUGGACGCUGUGCAACUCUGGAACCUCGUGUUCUGAACGGUGAACCUGCGGGGAACGGACACCUAAAGAGCUUGGAGGAAGCCGCAGGCAACGUCAGCACUCAGCAUCUUCUGCAGACUCAGAGGACACCUGGCGGCUGUCCCGCGGCGGCGCACAAGGUGACCUACCGGCGGUAGACAAAGGGGGCUAUGUGAGCCGAACAGAACGGUGGACCCGCAUUCUCCGUCCGUGUCAGCUGCCAGGCGCGAGUGACCCCGGCCUUCCACCUGUGGAUAUACUCCGUUCACUUCAACACUGUCCUCUCACAGACGCGUCGGAGAAACGAGCAUCAGGCCGUGCCCCUAGCGCAGGAAGUUCAUCGGACUUCAAAGCUCUCUUGAUUGGCUUGUUGGUGAUUUUCGCACUUCAGCUUUAUGGUCUCGCUGAAUCGGAUCAUGACGUCGAAGAAUGAAGCAUGUGCUUAUGGAAUACUCUCAAAAUCAGCACGUGCGUUGUCUUGUGGGAAGGAUGAUGACCCGGGAAAUGCUGGACUUUGUAAGGCCCAGGAUGACCUGGGUUGCAUACUUAAUGGACCCUGGUCAGGUCUAGUGACGUCAGAACUGCUGGCAGUGACGCCAGAGACUGUCAUUCAGUGACGUUGGCGCGCUGAUACAAGCAGUGAUGUAAGCAAUGUCACUUGGAAUGAAGUACCAGUGUUGUGAUGAAACAGUGAUUUAUUUCGCGUGUUAUGCGUGUGUAUCCCCGUGGCGUGAUUGUGCUCGUCGGUGUGACAAAUGGUGGCUGAAAGAGUCUUUGCUUUUUAUGUCUACAGAAGUUUGGUAUUACAGGAUUUAUCACUCCUGGACUUGAGUUACCUACCACGCAUGUAUUUAAUCUAACCUCUGCUCUUUUGCUGUUACCGAAGUCAAGUGUUUCGUCUUUGAAGCCAGACUUGCAGACGACCGCAGAGUCUCAGCAUUCUUAUGUUGUCAUCCACCCGCCACAGCUGUUCUGCAGUAAACGUCUGCUUUUUCUUUUUAUUUACCACUUGUCAUCGGUAUUGUCGGCAAUGUUUCACUCAAAGAGUCGGUGUCAUUAGUGGGUUCAGAAUCACAUGUUUCUGGGUGAUGUGGACCGUUCAGCUGUCCUCAGCGUUGUUUUUGUUUGGCGUGCUCACCGCUCACUGCUCACUCGCACACAUCUUGAGCUGCAGCAUUGCGAAACUCUCAAAAUCUCUUGCCGAUCACACACCACUUUUAGCUGCCUCUCGCUGUUGGUGUCCGUUUCGUGGCCUGUACUACCUUCAAACGAAUCUCGUCUCGCGCUUAAAUAUCGAUUCUGUUUAAUUUAUCAUGUCAUUCUGCGAGCGAAAGAACGAUUACAUCAUUCCCAAUGUGCAGUACGUAGUUUCCAAUGGUGUAGCGGUUUAGGCUGUCAAAGUCCUGGGAAGUGCAGCACUCUUACGAAUUUGGUUUUGGUGAUUCAACGAUGGUUAAUAUUACCUAUUAUUAAUAAUUUAUAUGCAUGAUAGAGUUGUGGCUAUUCCUUGCCUAGUUUCUGUGAAACGCAAUCGCUGCUAAUAUAGUAAUAUACCGAG